GUUGGUUUUGAUUGGCAUAUGGCCUGCAACUUCGACCCAAUUGGAUUGCUUUUCUUGAUAGAUUGUUUUUCAUGGCUAAAGUUUGUUGUUCUAUUGAGUUGGAGCCUAGGACUUUGAGUGAAGGACAACUCAACCAUGCGAGGGAACUGGCUGCUGAUGUGGUUGAGAAAAUGGAACCAGAAGAAGCCUCAGCUGUAUUCAUUCAGGGACUGAGACCCGUUGGCUCAAUGAAAGAGAUGGUGCAUAUGGUUGCUGAAGAGGGUGAGCAACUGCAGAGUAAGGUUGUGGAGUGGAAGGAGGAGGAGGCUCAAAUUCUUGAAACGCCCCCUUGCCAGUGCUUGUGCCCUACUGUCAAUAUUGAAUCCCCCGAUCAAGGAAGGCUUACCGAACCGUUGUCAGCCCCAUUUUGA